AUGCCUGAUCCAGAUGCAGAGGUAAUAGCUUUGUCACCGAAAACAUUAAUGGCGACCAACAGAUUUGUAUGUGAAAUAUGUAACAGGGGUUUUCAAAGAGAUCAGAAUCUUCAGUUACAUAGAAGAGGGCAUAAUUUGCCAUGGAAGUUGAGGCAGAGAUCGAGUAAAGAGGUUAAGAAGAGAGUUUAUGUUUGCCCAGAAAUUAGUUGUGUUCAUCAUGAUCCUUCAAGAGCUUUGGGAGAUUUGACUGGGAUUAAGAAACAUUUUUGUAGAAAACAUGAUAAUGGUAGCAUUUACAGGGAUAAGUCAGAGAUGGGUGAGGUUGAGGAGAGUGAAGCAUCAAUUCAAGUUACUUUUCGAGAAAAGAAAUUGAAGGAUUUUUUCAGCGAUUCGAAGAAAUUGAAGUAUGCGAGCUCAAAUUUAGAUUAA